UCGUGCGUGUUUUUACCUUUUCUCCAGUUCGCCUUCAUUAUUCCCGUUUCAGUUCCUGCGAUCUCUGAAAACAUUAGCAGCGAAGAGGAGAAUCAGAGCUUGAACACGCUCGUCUUCAACUGAGGAAAUCUCAUAUAGGAGGACAUUUCAGAUUGAUAAGAGAGUAAAGAGAGAUGUGGCGCUGCGUUUCUCGUAGCCUUCGAGUUCCUUCUUCUAGGAGAUCCGUCGCGAAUGACUCUCUUGGAUCUCGCAUGUCCAGAUUGUUCUGCACUGAUUCGACUGGGGGACGAUCCUCAUAUACAGUAGUAGAUCAUACAUAUGAUGCGGUCGUUGUUGGGGCUGGUGGUGCUGGACUGCGUGCAGCAACAGGGCAAUCUGAGCAUGGAUUUAACACUGCUUGCAUCACCAACCUUUUCCCAACUCGUUCACAUACUGUUGCCGCCCAGGGUGGUAUAAAUGCUGCAUUGGGAAAUAUGACUGAAGAUGACUGGAGAUGGCACAUGUAUGAUACAGUGAAGGGGAGUGAUUGGCUAGGUGAUCAAGAUGCCAUUCAAUACAUGUGUAGGGAGGCACCAAAAGCAGUGAUUGAGCUUGAGAAUUAUGGUUUACCAUUCUCUCGAACAGAAGAUGGGAAAAUAUACCAGCGAGCAUUUGGUGGUCAGAGCCUUGAUUUUGGAAAAGGUGGACAGGCAUACCGUUGUGCAUGUGCUGCUGAUCGAACUGGGCAUGCUUUGUUGCACACACUCUAUGGCCAAGCAAUGAAACAUAAUACUCAGUUCUUUGUUGAAUAUUUUGCUUUGGAUUUGAUAAUGAGCAGUGAUGGUAGUUGCCAAGGAGUAAUGGCAUUAAACAUGGAGGAUGGCACAUUACAUCGUUUCCAUGCUGCUUCAACAAUUUUGGCUACAGGGGGGUAUGGUAGAGCCUACUUUUCUGCAACUUCCGCACAUACAUGCACUGGAGAUGGCAAUGCCAUGGUCGCACGUGCUGGGCUCCCUCUGCAGGAUUUGGAGUUUGUUCAGUUUCACCCAACAGGCAUAUAUGGAGCUGGGUGUCUCAUUACUGAAGGAUCUCGAGGUGAAGGUGGCAUUCUUAGAAACAGCGAAGGUGAACGAUUCAUGGAGCGGUAUGCCCCUACAGCCAAAGAUCUUGCUUCCAGAGAUGUUGUCUCGAGGUCUAUGACUAUGGAAAUUAGGGAAGGUCGUGGUGUAGGACCUCUGAAGGACCAUAUCUAUCUCCAUUUGAAUCACUUACCACCAGAGGUACUCAAGGAAAGGCUUCCUGGAAUCUCUGAAACUGCCGCUAUCUUUGCUGGUGUGGAUGUUACAAAGGAGCCCAUCCCUGUCUUACCCACUGUUCACUAUAAUAUGGGUGGAGUUCCUACAAAUCACCAUGGGGAGGUAGUUACUAUUAGAGGCAAUGAUCCAGAUGCUGUAGUUCCUGGGUUAAUGGCAGCUGGGGAGGCAGCCUGUGCGUCAGUUCAUGGUGCUAAUAGACUUGGUGCUAAUUCCCUUCUUGACAUUGUUGUUUUUGGUCGAGCAUGUGCUAACAGAGUUGCUGAGAUACAUAGACCAGGGGAGAAACAGAAACCUCUGGAAAAAGAUGCUGGUGAGAAAACAAUUGCUUGGCUGGACAAAAUAAGAAAUGCAAAUGGUUCAAUUCCAACUUCCAAAAUCCGGUUGAAUAUGCAGAGGGUGAUGCAAACUAAUGCAGCUGUCUUCCGUACACAGGAAACAUUAGAAGAAGGUUGUCAGUUAAUUGACAAAGCAUGGGAGAGUUUCCAUGAAGUGAAGCUGAAAGAUCGUGGUUUGAUAUGGAACUCUGACUUGAUAGAGACUCUGGAGUUGGAAAACCUUUUGAUAAAUGCCUGUAUCACCAUGCAUUCUGCUGAAGCCAGGAAAGAGAGCAGAGGAGCACAUGCCCGGGAAGAUUUUACGAAAAGAGAUGAUGAGAACUGGAUGAAGCACACACUGGGAUAUUGGGAGAAUGAGAGGGUGCGGCUAGAUUAUAGGCCAGUUCACAUGAACACUUUGGACGACGAAAUUGAAUCAUUCCCUCCUAAAGCUCGUGUGUAUUGAUACAUCUGCUGAUUAGAGAAUCCCGGUAUGCGGCUCCUUUCAUGAUUCGCUAGAAUGCAAUAAUUCACAUCAAAUAAGAAAGAGCAAAAAAAAGCAAUAAACUGUUGUUACAGCAUUUGGGCGGCAAAUAUUUAUUGCAUUACUCAAUGUUCCAUCAAUUUUUAUGAUUGGAAGUCCGAAAAAUUUUUUCCAUCAAGAGUUUUAAUUUUUUGUUUUUUCAUGUUAGUGAAAUAGUUUAUGACUGUUCCUCAAUGCUUCAGUUAAUUCAUGAAUUGUGUAACUGAUGGGUAACUCCUGUCACUUUGCCA